GCAAUUCGCUCUGAUUCCAAUCAUUCCAGUGCGUUCUAAUGUCAUCAAACCUUCUAUUGCUUGCGGAAGCCAUAACGCGCGUUUAUGUAAUCAUUGAGUGUGGGAUUUUAGAUUUUUCUGUAAAAUAUCAAUUUGUAUAUUUGUGUUUGCGAGUAUUUUAAUCACAAGUACUCUAGUAGCAGAUAUAUACGUAAUAAUAUCCAGAAUUGGGUAUAAGCUAGUCCGGAUAUGCGUGAAGUACUAUCAAUCAACAUCGGACAGGCGGGAUGCCAGAUUGGGGAUGCGUGUUGGCAGCUUUUCACCUUGGAACAUGGAAUCCAGGCGGAUGGAACUGUUAGCGAGAAGGUACCGAUCGACGAGAAUAUGGCUGCAUUUUUUCACAAUACGGAUUCCGGCAGGGUGGUACCCCGCAACAUCUUUAUCGAUCUGGAGGAAUCUGUCAUAUCCGAGCUGAAAAAUGGGCCUUAUAAGUACCUGUACCACCCUCAGUAUAUGAUCGCUGGCAAAGAGGAUGCUGCCAACAACUACGCCAGAGGUCAUUACACAGUUGGAAAGCAAAUUAUAGAGCAAGUAUGUGCGUCCAUCCAGAAACUGGCUGAACAAUGUGAUGGACUGCAAGGUUUUCUAGUGUUCCAUUCUUUCGGGGGCGGAACUGGUUCGGGGUUCACCUCAUUAUUGAUGCAAAGAUUGGCUUCAGAGUUUGGAAAGAAAUGUAAGUUGGAGUUCGCGGUGUACCCAUCGCCAAGGAUUUCAACCGCUGUUGUGGAACCGUACAAUACUGUGAUAUCAACAAGCACUACGAUGCCAAAUUCGGACUGCUGCUUCAUCAUGGACAACGAGGCAACCUACGAUAUUUGUUCAAAGAAUUUGCAAAUUGGAAGACCGGACUACAUCCACCUGAACACGCUGGUAGCCCAGGUUGUAUCCUCGGCCACUGCUUCACUGCGAUUCAAAGGCACGAUGAACGUCGAUCUGAACGAGUUUCAGACUAACCUGGUGCCAUAUCCGAGAAUUCACUAUCCACUGGUGUCAUACGCUCCCCUGCUCUCUGCUUCGAAAGCCCAACACGAGUAUUCAUCGGUUUCCGAAAUCACCAACGCUUGUUUUGAGCCGUCCAAUAUGAUGGUGAAAUGUGAUCCCCGCCACGGAAAGUAUAUGGCCUGUUGUAUGCUGUAUCGUGGAGAUGUUGUCCCGAAGGACAUCAAUAGUUCCAUAGCGGCCAUCAAAAGCAAGCGGCACAUCACUUUCGUCGAUUGGUGUCCGACCGGGUUCAAGAUAGGUAUCAAUCAACAGGCACCGAGUGUGCUACCGGGGGGAGAUUUGGCGAAACCAAAGCGAGCAGUUUGCAUGCUUUCGAACUCGACCGCCAUGUCCGAGGCCUGGGCUCGUGUAAAUCAGCAGUUCGAUUUGAUGUACCGGAAACGUGCUUUCGUGCAUUGGUACGUUGGAGAGGGCAUGGAGGAGGGUGAAUUUAGCGAAGCGCGAGAAGAUCUUGCCAUUCUUGAGCAGGACUAUGAAGAAGUCGCGGGCGAUACGCAAGAUCCGGACGAGGGAGGUUCGGAUUAUGAAUUUUGAGGCGCGUGUUUGUGGAGUUGUCUGUACAGUUAUAGCUAUGUGGUGUAUUUAUUCUAAUCGGUUAACUAAGUCUAAACAAACGUUUACCAUACAAGCUCAAUAAAGAUUAUCAUAAAUGUCCUGUAA